UCUUUAUGACUUCCACGUUGACUUGAACGGGAAGAUGGUGCCGUUCGGAGGUUACUUGCUGCCGGUGAGUUACGGUGCCGAGGGCAUUGCGACCUCCCACAUCCACACUCGGAAACACUGCUCGGUCUUCGAUGUGUCGCACAUGAUGCAGACCGAAGUGCGCGGUCGAGACAGGAUUGCCUUCCUCGAAGGCGUCACGACAGCCGACCUGAUCAACAUGGCCGAUAACACUGCCACACUGUCCAUCUUUACCGACCCCCUCACAGGCGGCAUACUUGAUGAUCUCAUUAUCACGAAGACGACGCUUGGGUACUACUACCUAGUGUCGAAUGCGUCUAGAAGGUCCCACGACCAGAAACUUUUGAAAGAAGCUCAGGCUGCGAUGCGAGCUAAAGGUAAAGACGUAGAACUUCGUUUUCUGGACCCAGACGAGCGAGCUUUGCUGGCAGUGCAAGGUCCGGACACGGCCAAGGUCCUGCAGCCUUUAACUGACGUCGACCUCAGCCACCUCUACUUCAUGGAAAGUACUCUGGCUACAGUGGCAGGAGUUAGUGGCUGUCGCAUCACGCGUUGUGGUUACACUGGCGAAGAUGGAGUUGAGAUAUCGAUACCUGCUGACCAGGCCGUCAAGGUAGCCGAACUGCUGCUUGCUUCGGAGGUGGCACUAGUAAAACCAGCUGGGCUAGGAGCAAGAGAUUCGCUCAGGUUAGAGGCUGGCAUGUGUCUCUAUGGGAACGACAUUGAUCACACAAUAACGCCUGUGGAAGCAGGACUUUCCUGGUUAGUGGCUAAGCGACGUAGAACAACAGCUGACUUCCCAGGAGCCACUGUGAUCACAGAUCAACUUCGAGACGGACCGAAAAGGAAACGGGUUGGACUGACGUCGAGAGGUCCCUCGGCCAGGGCAGGAGCCGCUGUGCUUGAUCUGACGGAUACGUCAGACGAUGACAUCGUCGGCUACGUUACUAGCGGCUGUCCGUCUCCAUCACUGGGGGGAAACAUAGCAAUGGGGUAUGUGAGAAGCGAGUUGGCGAAGUCGGGCACAAAAGUACUGCUCAGAGUUCGUGACAAACGUGUCGAAGCAACAGUGUGUAAACUUCCUUUUGUGACUUCGAAGUAUUACGUGAGGCAAGACAAGUAACUCGUCAGAACAGUUGUUAUGAAUCUUAAAAGCUACGCUGGAGGCUAGCUAGUAGGGCCUUUACAGAGUAGGCUCAAGAAAGACAAUAAAAAUAAAUAUAUCAGAAUAAAAUUAAGUGAUUAAAAUAUUAUGAGAGGUAAGACUGUUAAACUAAUUGGCUGCAAUAGAAUCGAAAAUGAAGACAGGUGAUGGGUCUCAAAAGUAAUGCAACUCGAAGUUUAAAGACAAAUAUUUUGUUAGUGUGAAGGGAAAUUUCAAUUUGCCUUGUCCAGCUGCAACCCUGUUAUUCCAGCAAGUGGGUCGUUUGAGUUUCCAACUCGUUCAGUUGUAUUUGUAGCAAGCAUGAUGCCGUUUUCAACAUGGCGGAAUGUUAUUUGCUGAAUAUUAUUUUCGAACGCAGUCGUAUAAAGCGGUUAAGCAGAUACGUGAGGUACACCUGCCUGGUGCUCCUGUGCCAAGUCAACCGUUUAUCGACUUGUUAUCUAACGACUCCAUUCAAUCUUCGCAUAUUUUCUAUGAAUAUGUGGAAACGUGUUGAGUUAUAUCUGCAAUGGGGCGAGGUAAACUUUUAUCUCAUGUUGUAAUUGUGGGAUUACAAUUUCACUAAGUAAAUAUAAUCUGUGUAAUGAACAUGACAUUAACUUUGAGUUGCGUGACAUUUGGAAGACGCCAUAUGACACGAAAAUUUGCAGUAAAAUACAGAUCAUUGACACUGAGAGGUUAGGGACUUCUGUAGAAAAUAUGGAGAGUUAACUACAUCUAGAGAAUUAAAACAUAUAUUUAAUCAUAAUCUUGGAUAAUUCAUUACAAUGAUGAAUGAUGAUUAUACGUAAAGGAAUUUGUCAAGGUUUCCAUAGUAAACAGAUCAUUCCAUUCACUAAAGUUAAGUGUAGGCUAACGAAGCUAGCAUCUGCAUUUUGAGUAAACCCCGAUUAAAGCAAUUAAUACAGAUUGUUAUUGAUUCAUUCAUGUAA